AUGGGCUCGGUCAGAUCAGUCGCAUCUGCGACACGAGAUAUCAACGGCUACCAACAUGAAGCUUUUCAUGAGAAACCAACACAGGAUACAAAUCUACCUCUACAACCAAAAGAUCACCCAAGUCGAUAUGUACUUGGAUUAUUCCGCGUCAACAGUGCUGGAGAGAGUGGACGGACAGGGUUCCACUUCAUCCAUUUCUGCCGAGUGAUUUUCCAAAGCGUCUGUUCAAUGUCGAUGAUGGUCAAUAUACUCUGGCCCUUUGUCCCCGCCGCUAUUGCAAUUCACUUUGCCCGGCCUGAUCUCCAUGUUUGGGUCUUCGCCCUCAACUACAUAGCCAUGGUCCCAUCGGCAAAUGUCCUUGGAUUUGCUGGCGGUGAAUUGGCAAAGAAACUACCAAAGACAAUGGGUGUCUUGCUAGAAACUGCUCUAGGCUCGUCAGUCGAGCUUGUGCUGUUUAUGGUUUUGUUACACAGAGAUGGAGAAAGCGGUCAGGGUGACCUGAUUCCUGUCAUCCAGGCCGCUAUUCUGGGCUCGAUCCUGGCUAACUUGCUACUUUGUCUGGGCACGUGUUUCUUUGUUGGCGGUCUAACACGAAACGAGCAAGUCUUUCAUGAGGCGGUUAGUGAAGUUGGAUCGGGUCUGCUACUGGUGGCAGGCUUUGGCCUGUUGAUCCCAAGUGCUUUCUACUCUGCUCUUAAAUCAUCAGUGAAUGAGGAAUUCACCCUGGUUAUGUUGGACGAUUUUGCGCUGAAGAUCAGUCGUGCCACCGCCGUCAUUCUUCUGCUGGCCUUCGUGACAUACCUUGUUUUCAAUCUGCACAGUCACAGCUCAAUCUUCGACGAUAUCCUGGAAAUGGAUGAGGCAAUGGAUGCGGACCAUCAUGAAGAGAUGCAGAGAAAAAAGCUCACCUUUGUAGAAUGCCUGGUCGCCAUUGUGAUCUCUCUGGCAUGUGUCAGCAUGUCUGCCGUAUUCUUGGUGCAGGAGAUCAAAUACAUCGUAGCCCGUGGUGUCUCCGACAAUUUCCUGGGUCUAAUCCUGGUCCCGCUGGUUGAAAAGGCCGCAGAACAUCUCACGGCUGUCGACGAGGCUUGGGAUAACCAGAUCAACUUUGCACUCUUCCAUUGCCUGGCCCCAUCUAUCCACACUGCACUUCUGAAUGCCCCACUUGCAGUUCUUGUGGGCUGGGGCUUGGGCAAAGAAAUGAGCUUGAACUUUGAGAUCUUCAUGGUUGUCCUUCUGGUCUUAUCGAUCCUGGUGGUAGGAAACUUCCUUAGAGAUGGAAAAAGUAAUUACUUGGAGGGUGCACUUUGUGUGUUUGUCUAUUUCAUCAUCGCUGUCACAACCUGGUUCUAUCCCAGUGUCGAAGUGACUUCAACAAACUAA